GUUCAGACCAACCUGUGCAGCAAUAGAUAUAAGGGAUCUGUACUUUCAAGACGUCUUUAUCCAACGAACUCUUCUCGUAAACGUUUUGCACACUUGUUCUAGACUGAAACCAACCGAAAGGCGCACUAAGGAAGCCCUUACGCUCGGUCUAGCGGAGUUUGUCGGAAGCUUAUUAGCUGAGACCUAGCGCUGCAGGUACCGGCAACACAAGUAUGACGGAUCACCUACAGAAGCCCGUAGGCUCUGGCGCCGGUGAUCAUAGCGCGGCCGUAUCAGCUGCCAUCGCCCAUGAGCAGCAGAAGCAGGUCCAAGAGGGCCGCCGUAAAUUCUACAGCCACCUUGAAGACCACGUUCUCGACUACCUACACAAUAACCCUAUCCACAUAGAGGCUUGCCUCAAUACGUGCAUCAAGCUUUUCGGGAAUGUGGUGCAUAACCCUCAAGAGGAGAAGUACCGCAAGGUCAAAGCCGCCAACGCCGCCCUGCGCAACGCACUGGCCCCGGUGAAGGGCGGAGAGGACCUGCCGCUGCAUGCGGGCUGGACGCACCGGGUUGUAGAAAUGGAGAAGUACUGGGUGUUUGAUGCGGAGGCGGGCAGCGUGCGGUUCAGGGUGCUCCAAGAGGCCCUCCACCUGUGCGAGAAGGCGCUUCAAACCGUGCAUGAGAAGGCGGAGAAGAAGCGGUUGGAGCGGGAGGAGAAGCUGCAACGCGACACCGCGGAGAAGGAGCGGGUGCGGCUGGCCAUAGAGGCGGACAAGGAGGAGCGGCGAAUGCGGGAGGAGAUGGCGGCGGCGGCGCGGACGGCAGCUGCUGCUGCUGCUGCAGCGGCGGCGGCGCCCGCCUCUCCAACGACGUCCUCUGCAUCUAGGAAGCCGCCCGGGGGGGGAACACCCAAAGGCACUCCGAGUGGAGGUGGCGCGGGGCACCGGGUUGGCAAGCCGUGAGACAGCCGCUGAUGCCGGAUGGUUGGUUGGAUUAGCCUGGCAGUGGUUCACGAUGAAGGGAAGAUGGCUUAUGUUGGCAGCGGCAGCGGCACCCGGCGAAGACGUGGUAGCGGGGCAGCGGCGGCUUGCACCGGAGGCUUGGGAUUGGGGAUUGGGGAGCGCUAGGGGGAAAGAUGGGAAGGUGCGUUCCCAGAGGUUUGGGAGGCCGUAACCGGGUCUUGGCAUGCAUGCAUGUGGCUCUCUGGGUUUGGGGUUCCGAGCGUCGCUGCAUGGUGAGGAGGGGGAUACGAGGGAAAGGGAGGAGAGGAGGAUAUAUUACAUGUACGGUUGGUUAACUGCUACGACAACUCUGAAGCUCAUCGGCGUUUUACCCGGGGUGUGAGGGGCCCGCGGUUCAAGGUGGAACCCCCUAGCAGGUGAGGAAGAAGAAGGAGACGUGAAAGCACUGGAAACCCCCAAUCCCAUGGCCCGACUCAGACCACAGAGCGCGUGAUGAAGAGGGCUGUUGCAUGUUAGCUCAUCAUCCUCGUUGCGCACUGUGCACGCUUUCAAGCAGGACCAACAAGAGGCUAACGAACGGACGGAUCGAUACGCUUUUCGCACUGCUGCGAUGUUGUGGAUGUGGUUGGGUUGGCAUGUUGCCCACGAAUGUCCCCAUGUCACGUGUCCUUGUUGCCUGAUGUAAGCGCCGGAGAGGAGGGGCAAGAGAGCCCCAAGCCGCACGGCAGGCACUUCUCAACGUGUGCUUUCGGAAGCAGGGCUGCCACGGAGGAUGUGUAGGUGCUCGGGGUCAGGGCUUCAGGGAGGGAACGAUGGG